AAGUGCAUGAGCAGACUGCAGGAGUGGAGAAAUGUGAUUUUUACACACUAUCCUAAACCUAGUGUGCGCUUUCUACUUUAGACUCCCAAGUGCCAUGGUGGCUUUGUAAAUUGAAAAAAGACAAGUGCCAGGGUCGCGAGUGAGUCAGACAUGGGAUUCCGCAUCGGCACGCCGCUUUACGCAUUUGCGUGCGUCUAUUUAUUUGUCCUCACCCUUCGGGGCGCGCAUUGUCAGAGACACCCGGCGCCUCCUCAAGGGAAUAACCCAGGGGGCGCACUCCGGCAGACGCUACAGUGGUCUCACAAUGGCAAUAUUUUCAGCAUUUUAAGCCAGGGUGCCGAAUAUCAGCCGGCCAGGCGUCGCGGCUCGCCGCAGGAACAAGUGCAGCAAAGGCCGAUCACCAUCAUCAGCGACGCCAAGCAGCCGGCGCGGGACACCCCGGAGCAGCGGCCCGCAGCGCUGCCCGCCGCGCUCCAGCGGCUUGUGAGGGGCAGAGAGCACCGCCAGGGCCAGGGCCAGGAGCCCCCGUCGGGCGAUCGGAGGAAUGACACCCAUGCUAAAGUGACCGUCAGCCCGCCGCAACCCAAGAGGGAAGACAUGAUGGUCGCCGACGACCCCUAUGACCCGUCUAAGUCCUACGAUGUAGACCACGACAACCCCUAUUACAAUCACUACGAUGUGUACGAGAGACCCAGGUCCAGAUCCAGACCCGGAUAUGGCACAAGGUACCAUCAGUACGGUCUUCCAGACCUGGUGCUUGACCCAUACUACAUUCAGACAGCCGCCUACGUGCAGAGCACGCCAAUGUACAACCUCAGAUGCGCGUCUGAGGAGAACUGUUUGUCAAGCUCAGCCUACUUGGCCCGAGACUACGACACCCGAAUGCUGCUGCGCUUCCCCCAGAGAGUCAAGAACCAGGGCACGGCUGACUUCCGGCCCAGCAGGCCGCGCUACGCCUGGGAAUGGCACAGUUGUCACCAGCACUAUCACAGCAUGGACGAGUUCAGUCGCUACGAGCUUCUGGAUGCCACUUCGCAGCGGUCGGUCGCCGAGGGCCACAAAGUUAGCUUCUGCCUUGAGGACACGUCCUGCGACUACGGCUACUACAGGCGCUACGCUUGUACAUCACACACUCAGGGUUUGAGUCCAGGAUGUUACGACACCUACAACGCAGACAUCGACUGCCAGUGGAUUGACAUCACAGACGUGAAACCAGGGAAUUACAUCCUCAAGGUUAGCGUGAAUCCUUCCUAUCAGGUGCCAGAGGAAGACUACACCAACAACAUUGUGCGCUGUGACGUCCGCUACACGGGCAACUAUGCUUACUUGUCUGGUUGCCAUAUGGCGACGUAUUAAUGGAAGAGAACCGUGCAACUGAGUGGCUGACAUUAAGGAGGACUGCAUAUGAACGUAUUUACAACACAAGGGCGCAAUUUUUUAAAAAGUUUGAAAUGUCAGAGUACUCAUAGUUUAUAGAUUAGACAAAAUAGAAAAUAUUUUCAGUGCAUGCUAUGUCCCUUCAGUAUUUGUUUUUUUCUCAGAUUUGGAUGUUAUUUUGCCUUUCCUUUUUGCCGUUUUACUCCUUCAUUUUAUAUCUUAGUUUUUCUUUUGAUUGUGUUCUUGCCUUUGAGUGUUGGAAAUAAUUAAAUAAAAGCAUUAAAUCUUUUAAAUGACGUUGAAUUGCAAAAGUAUACAAUAACAUGCCUUAUUUUUAAAUCACAAUGAAAGUAUAGAAGUUGUUUGUUUUUGUUUUUUACAGCAAAAUGUGUUCAAUAUUAAUCUUAUUU